AUGGCCGACAAACCGAAGACUUCCCGCCCAACAUGGGACAAAUCCGAAUAUUCCACCCUCGCCAAAGACAAAGACCGACAAUCCUACGAACACGCCAAAGAAGCCGAGUCAUCCCUCCAAUCAGGCAAAGCCCCCGGCAAGAAAUCACAGUAUGACGACCUGCCGAAACCGACCGAGCUGUUGAAGGCGAGGGAGCAGGAUCUGGGAUUGACCAAGAAUUUGAACAAGACGAUGUUGGUGUCGAUGGGGGGUACGGGGCAGAAGGGGCCGAGGGGAGGGGGGUUUUAUUGCGAACUAUGUAACAGGACGUUCAAAGACUCUCUCUCCUACUUGGACCACGUCAAUGGAAAACUCCACCUCAUGAAACUCGGACAAACCACCCUCGUCCACCGCUCAACCCUCUCCGCCGUACGCGCCCGUAUAGCAACCCUCCGCGCCGCCUCCCAAUCCUCCGUAACCUCCAAGAACUUUGAUUUCCAACAACGCCUGAAAGCUGUUCAAGACUACAAGACGUCAGAACGCGAGCGCAAGAAGGCGGAGAGGCAGAAGAAGCGUGAAGCCAAGAAGGAAGAAGAGGAGCGGAGACGGAUGGGGAUCUUUGAUGAGAAGAUGGAUGUUGACCCGAAAGAAGGUGAGGGGGUGAAGGAGGCAGGCAAGAGAGAUAGGAAGAAGGAGCGGGACAACAGACGAGCCAAGGAGGGAGACCAAGAAGUCGAGCGGGCUCUUCAAGAGAAUGAGGACAUGUCGGCCAUGAUGGGCUUUGGAGGGUUUGGUACGAGUAAACGAAAGUAG